GGACUGAACAAUAAAUUUGUUGUUGGCAUGUCUACACCCGAAACUCCACCACAUCCAAAGAAUGUAUGUUAUUCUUUAUUCAGUCCAGAGAUGAACUCUCAUUUUUAAGACAUUUUUACCAAAAAGAAGAAAGGAACGCAGCCAAUCAACACAGAUCAGACAACACGUGGAAGAUUGGUGAACUCACAAUUCAGCCUGGACUGACCUAUCCUCAGCCAAGCGCACUUCAUGGACGUACUGAUGUGAACUCCGUGACAAACUGGAAUGCUCCAUUGGUUUGGGAUGGAACCUUUGAUCCAGUGGUUACUGAUGCAAUCUAUAAGAAAAUGGAUCCCAGAGUCGCUGUCCUGGUGUUUGCUGUUGGGAAGUACACGAGAUUCCUGAAGGGCUUUCUGGAGUCGGGGGAAAAGUAUUUUCUGGUUGACUUCAGGGUUAUUUACUACAUCUUCACUGACAGUGAACAAGAUGUUCCCAAAGUGGCAUUGUGUGAGGGUCGGAACAUCACAGUCAUCCCUGUUCCUUCUGCCGUUCGCUGGCAGGAUGUAGUUCUUGGCAGGAUGAAAUGGGCAGCCAUUCUGAUUGACAAGCAGAUCCGAGAUGAAGCGGACUACCUGUUUAUGAUGGACAUUGAUAGUAUCUUCUACGCUCGUUUUGGGGCCGAAUCUCUAAGCCGACUGUCUGCUGUACUUCACCGAGCAUACUACCAGAACACAAAGAGGGAUGCCUUUCCAUAUGAGCGUCGUCCUGAGUCCAGAGCCUACAUUCCAGCUGGACAAGGAGAUUACUAUUACACUGCAGCUGUCUGGGGUGGAUACUUGGAGGACAUGUACAAACUAAUAAAAACCUGUUAUGAGCAGUCACAGGAGGAUGCCAAGCACCAGAUUGAAGCUGUAUGGCAGGAAGAGAGUCAUCUCAACAAGUACUUGUUACACAACAAACCAACCAAGGUGCUGUCUCCUGAGUAUCUGUGGUCCGACUAUGAUCAUAAACCAGACAACAUCAGAAUCAUCAGGAUUUCUCAACUGGUCAAGAACUAUAAAGAAGUGCGGCCUAAUGAUGGGCUCUGACAUAGUUAUCAGAAGACAACCAUUGAUUAUGGGUUUUAAGGAAGGGCACUCAUCAUAAUACAGACCUGUACCUAAGUCCAACAUGCUUUAUUUCAGAAUAUCAAAACAAAUGUGUCUAUUCUUGACAGGGUUUAAUCAUUUGUGGGGUAAUUAUUAAGCUCCAGCUUUCUUGCUUGUUUCUAAAUGGCAUACAUACCAUGCAUAUCCUCCUGAGAACUGAGGGAAAAAGGUAUCUUUCAAUUUAAAUUUUUGGUCCCCUACAGAGGACAUAAUGAAUGGGCUGGGUCUAUAUUGUGGAGAUUAACACCAUAAGAAAUAAAUGGGCUGGGUUACAGUUCAGAUUAAUUAUGAUGCUUAUGAAUUAAAUGUUACGACUUGAUUGCCUAAAAUUAACGUUGAUGAUCUUGUUAUUGUAAAUGUGAUGAAAAUGUAAAAAAUCAGUCCAUAUCCACAUACUGAUCAAUACCUAAAUUUAUUGGGUUCUGCCAACAUUGGUCUUUAUAUUGAUG